UACAAUAUGGCUUCAGGGUGGGUUCCAACUAAGUUUCUUGGACGAGGGGCGUAUGGCUGCGUGUUUCGGGCCGAAUUUGCAUCCCCAUCACUCGCUCAUGCUUGUAAUCUUCCCCAAACAGUGGCUGUAAAAUCGGUUUCUGAGAAGUUAUUGUGGUCUUUGGCUUUGGAGAAAGCGGUGUUGUGCGAACUUGGAGGCUGCAAAGAAAUUGUUGGUUGCUUCAAGUACGAGGAUUUCAAGAGUACUAAUGCAGAUGGUACGAGUUAUUAUAAUAUCGUACUGGAGUAUGCUGAUGGAGGGACGUUAGAGCAGCUGAUCAAGUCCAAGGGAUGGAUGCCCGAAUAUGAAGCUAGUUGCUAUGCGUCGAUGUUGCUCAAGGGUCUCUCUCGUGUGCAUGGACAAGGGUACGUUCAUUGUGACAUGAAGCCUAGUAAUGUUCUUGUUUUUAAUAUUCCUCGCGAUGAAUUUAAGGGGGUUGUUAAGUGUAAUCUGAAAUUAGCGGAUUUUGGAUUGGCAAAGAGGGGAGGGGAAAAAACUUUGGGUGCAGGGCAGGAGUACAAACACCGGGGAACAUUGCUUUAUAGUUCCCCGGAAUCCGUGGUGAUUGGAGUGCAUGAGGCAGCCAUGGACAUAUGGGCAGUUGGUUGUAUUGUUUUGGAGAUGCUUUUGGGAGAGUGGGGCUUAUGGAAAAAAUGCAUUGACGUGGAUGCACAAUGUUUAGCAGAGAUGAUUGCGAAUUAUGAAGAUGACAGGCUGGAUUUGUUGGUGCCUGAGUUGGAUGAUUUGUCGGAGAAUGCACAAGAUUUUGUGAGAAGAUGUUUAACAAGGAGGGCGGAAGAUAGGUGGACUGCAGAUGAACUUUUGACGCAUCCCUUCAUUACGUGCAACCAAAGGCUAGUGAAGGAGUUUGAGGCCAGAUAUUCCUAUCAGAACUUUAUGAAGUACUAUCAACCUCAUACUCCAAGGCAUGCAUUCGGACCAUCCAUGGGAAUUUAUUAG